AUGUCUCAGAAGAAGAUUUUCCUGGUUUUGGUGGCUGUCAGCACAGUCAGUCUGCUUCUUCAUCUUAUCUGGACCAUGUCGGCCUUCAGCUUGGGAUGCUCCUCGCUUCCCCUGAGCUUGACAGCGCCUGGUAAGCCCAAGCACACCAGCGUGGCCUUCCUGAAGACGCACAAGACGGCCAGCAGCACGGUGCAGAACAUCCUGUUCCGCUUCGCCGAGCGGCACAACCUGACCGUGGCGCUGCCCGUUCCCUCCUGCGGCCACCUGUUCUGCUACCCGCAGAUGUUCAGCGGCCGCUUCGUGCACCCGCACACGGUCCCGCCGGACAUACUGGCCAGUCACAUGCGGCUCGACGUGGUCGAGAUGCGGAGGCUCAUGCCUAAUGACACGCGCUACGUGACCAUCCUCCGCGAGCCGGCGGCCAUGUUCGAGUCGCAAUUCAGCUACUUCAUGCAAGGUUGCCAGAGCUUCCAGCGUGUGCCCAACGGCUCGCUCGAGGAGUUCCUCCGCCAUCCGACGCUCUACUACCGUGCCGAGGAAAAUGACUCCAUUUUCGCGCGCAACAUGGUGGCCUUCGACCUUGGCGGCGACAAGGACCACCAGCCGGCAGGCGACGGCGAGUAUGUUCAGGGGUUCGUCGCGCGCAUCGAGUCUGUCUUCUCACUGGUGAUGAUCGCUGAGCACUUCGACGAGUCGCUGGUGCUUCUGCGCCAGCUGCUCAACUGGGAACCCGAGGACGUGCUGUACCUGAAGCUCAACAUGCGCAAGGAGGAGUCGCGCCUGAUGCUGCACGGGCCGAUGCCGGCCCAGAUUCGGGCGUGGAACUGGCUGGACAGCGCGCUCUACGACCACUUCAACGCCACACUGUGGCGUCAGCUGGAGCAGCUGGGCCGGCCGUGCGUGGAACGCGAGCUGCGGCUGAUGCGCCGCGUGCGCAAAUCCCUGGUGCGCGAGUGCUUCGGCAAGGACACGCCGCCGCUGCGCUCCAACACGCAGAUACGCAACAAGGACCUGCGGCCAUGGCAGCCCAGCAGCAAGGUGGCCAUCGUCGGCUACGACCUGCCUGUUAACGGCUCCGGGGGGCAGGGGGGAGGAGAUGCAAAAGACAUGUGUGUGAAGAUGGCCAUGCCAGGGCCGCAGUACUCACGGCUGUUGCUAAAGUCACAGAUGAUACGAUACCGGCGCACUCACCCACACCCGCAAGAAUAG